AUGUCCACCCCCACCAUCCCCCCUCGAGAACCCUACACCCUCCCCCCCGCCGCCUGCGCCCUCCUACUCACCUCCACCCGCCUAUUCGUGCGCGACUACAUGUCGCGCUACGACGCCUCUCACGACUGGGCCCACAUCGAGCGGGUGUCGCGUCUCGCCACGCGGCUGACCCCUCCCUCCGCCGACCACGGGCACGACGCGCUACUGAUCCAGCUCGCCGCGCUGCUGCAUGAUGUCGGGGACCAUAAAUAUUCUACUGGUGGGGACUCAGUGGAAAGUGUGCUCCUGGGCUACAACUGCCCCGCCGCGCUCGCGCGCGGGGUUGCAGUGGUGGUCGCGCACGUCUCGUACUCUUCCGAGAUCGCGAACCCGGCCGCGGUGCGCGCGGUGUUGGCGGUGUACCCCGAGUUGGCGGUAGUGCAGGACGCGGACCGCCUGGAUGCGCUGGGGGCGGUGGGGAUUGCGCGGUGUUUUGUGUUUGGCGGGGUUGUGAGGAACGCGAGUCUGCAGGGGUGCGUGGAGCAUUUUGGCGAGAAGUUGGUAAAGAUUCAGGCGCUCAUGAAGACGAGACUGGGGAGGGAACUGGCCGUGGAGAGGACUAGGAGGGUAAACGAGUUUUGGGGGUGGUGGAGGGAGGAGAAUGGCGAGGGGGAGGAGGAGGUGGGGGUGCCAGAGGAGAAGGUGGAAAUGUAG